AUUAUUAUUAUUUUUUUCGUAACAAUUUCAGAGUCUUUAUCUGGUCCGCACGAAAAGAGACUUCUAAACGAUCUGUUGGGGAAUUACAACGUCCUCGAAAGGCCCGUCGCCAACGAAUCUGAGCCGCUCCUCCUGAGUUUCGGGCUCACUCUUCAGCAAAUCAUCGACGUGGACGAAAAGAACCAACUUAUUGUAACUAAUCUGUGGUUAAAAUUGGAUUGGGUUGAUGUCAACCUUCGUUGGGACCCAGCCAAGUACGGAGGAGUGUCCGACCUUAGAAUUCCUCCUCAUAGAAUAUGGAAACCGGAUAUCCUUAUGUACAAUAGCGCCGACGAAAAGUUCGAUGGGACUUACCCCACAAAUGUGGUAGUUCGCAGCAACGGCAGCUGUAAUUAUAUUCCACCAGGUAUCUUCAAAUCGACGUGCAAGAUUAAUAUCCGAUGGUUCCCAUUUGACGACCAAAUGUGCCAACUGAAAUUCGGAUCGUGGACAUAUGCAGGACUACAGUUAGAUCUCCAACUCAAUUCCGAAGACGGGGGUGACCUGACUACGUAUAUCCCAAACGGAGAAUGGGACCUCUUAGAGCUUCCGGGGGAACGCAACGUGUUCAAUUACACGUGCUGUCCGGAGCCGUACAUCGACAUCACUUAUACGAUAAAAAUCCGUCGGAGGACUCUCUACUAUGGCGUCAAUCUCAUCAUACCCUGCGUGUUGAUAUCAUCCAUGACACUUCUUGGUUUCACUCUGCCUCCAGACACUGGAGAGCGUCUGACCCUGGGUGUCACCAUACUGUUGUCUCUGACUGUAUUCAUGUUGCAACUGGCUGAAGCUUUGCCUCCAGUUUCGGACGCCGUAUCCAUUAUAGGAAUAACCAUUCUACUCUCGCUCGUUGUGUUCUUGCUACUGAUUUGCGAAAAAAUGCCAGAAACUUCGGACGCGGUGCCGCUUAUUGGAACGUACUUCGCCUGUAUCAUGAUGAUGGUGGCCUUUUCUGUGGUUAUGACCGUAUUGGUGCUAAAUUAUCAUCAUCGGAACAAAGAAUGCGCUGAGAUGCCCAAAGUGGUUCGAUCCAUAUUCCUGGUGUGGCUUCCGUGGCUUCUUCGAAUGCAAGUACCUGCCAGCUUGAAAGCGAAUCUCGAGCGGCGCCAGAGCUCGCCCGAAAGCAAUGCCUCCCCGAGUUUCCGAUCGAGUGCCGCUAGGCGGAUGUUCAAGGAGCUUGAGCUCAAAGAGCGCUCAAGUCGCAGCCUCUUAGCUAACGUCCUUGAUCUGGAGGACGAUUUCAGACCUUCGAACGCAGCCUGUUACUUGCAUCCUCCGCCGCCGCCUAGGUCACAGCCCCCAGCCGGGACUGGUACUUCGUUCCACAAACCCUCGAGCUCGGCUCCAUCUUCGAUGGCCAACAUUCCGCGUGAACUGCAAACGAUCAUGGUCGAUCUCCGGUAUAUUACUGACAAGAUGAGGAAAGACGAAGAGGAACAUGAAGUCGUUUCGGAAUGGCGAUUUGCCGCUAAAGUCAUAGAUCGAGUGUGCUUCCUCUUCUUCUCAGCAUUUACCGCAAUUUCGACGAUCGCGUGCCUCUUUUCGGCGCCCCAUCUAUACGCUUGA